AUGUCGCCGUACUUGUUCGCGCUUCGGCUCAUCCAGGCUUUUGAGGAUCGAAUCAUCGACACUCUCCAGAUCCUCCGCCAGCCGGGUUUUCAUAGAGCUGUUGGCCGCAUCCACCGCGCAAUCAACGAGAAGCAGCAUGGCCGAAAUCCGCACGAGCCGCUAGCGCCGGGAGAAGCUACAGCGGAUCCGAAUCCGGGAGGCCGAGCGGAUGGAUUUUUCAAACAUUUCAUCGGCGAGCUGAAGAAUCAGGCUCGUGGCAAACCAACCGACAUCACCACCAAGCCGCCUACGAAGUGA